AUGUCGCGCCAACGACAGACAAAUACGCAACCUGCCAGAUCAAUCGUUCCAUCAGCUGGUGAGCCCAUCUCAUAUGACGUUCUCGUGGUGGGAGCCGGCAUUGCCGGCAUCAACACGGCGUACCGUCUGAAGACCCAGAUGCCACAUCUCAGCUUCACGGUCCUCGAAGCCCGUGACGAGAUCGGCGGGACCUGGGAUCUGUUCAGGUAUCCCGGAGUCCGCUCGGACUCAGACAUGUACACGUUCGGCUUUGCCUGGCACCCGUGGAGACGCAGGGUCCUGGGCGACGGCGAUGAGAUCAUGGCGUACCUGCACGAGUCUGUGUCGAAGUACGGUCUGGAGGAAUACCUCAAGUUGGGCCACAAGGUGGUAAAAGCAGACUGGACUUCCGCAGCGCAGAGAUGGACGGUCCAGGUGGACCACAAAGGACAGCCGAAGACCUACGCCGCCAAGUGGCUGGUCCUCGGCCCCGGCCUCUUCGAAUACGACAAGCCCUUCCCCGCCGUCAUCCCAGGCAUCGACAAGUUCAAGGGGAAAGUGUUCCACCCACAGCACUGGCCAGCCGGCUUCGACUACACAGACAAGAAGGUCGUCAUCAUCGGGAGCGGCGCGACCGCCAUCACGAUGUUACCCGCGAUGGUGGCAGGCGGCGCCAAAAAUGUCACCAUGCUGCAGCGCUCGCCGUCGCACAUAGCAGCGAUGCCAAACCCAGACAACAGACCCAGCGGGCCCGGCCGGCUCCUCCCCUUCACCACACUCAUCUGGCUACGCCGCAUGACGUGGUUCGGCCUCAUGUGGAUGAUCCACUUCAUGUGCGCCAAAUUCCCCGGAACAAUGCGUAGAUCCAUUGCGGACAACACGCGCAAGCAGCUCCCGGCCCAUAUCCCCUUGGACCCUCACUUUGUGCCGUCAUACAAUCCCUGGGACCAGCGAUUGUGUCUUGACAAGGAUGGUGAAUUCUUCGCCGCGCUACGCAGUGGCAAGGCCGAUGUUGUCACGGCAACGAUCAAGACAGUGACUGCGGGCGGGAUAGAGCUUGAUGGUGGAUCUACGCUGGAUGCGGACAUUAUUGUCACCGCCACGGGUUGGAUCCUGCGCUUCGGGGGCGGAAUUCCCAUCAGUGUUGACAACAAGCCUACACGAUGGCAGGAGAAGCUGCUCUGGAACAAAGCAAUGGUCCAGGACGUGCCAAACAUGUUUUUCAUGUGGGGGUAUACCAAUGCCGCCUGGACGCUGGGUGUCGACUCAACCGCGACUAUCAUGUGCCGAGUACUUAAGCACAUGGAGAGGGAGGGUACUCGUGUUGUUGUGCCCAAGACGCGGCCGGGAUCUGAACACAAAACCCAGACUAUUUGGAAGCUCUCCUCGACAUAUCGACUAGCGUCGGAGCCUUAUCUUCCCAAGUAUGGGUCGGACGGUCCUUGGAAGCCCAGGCGGCAUUUCAUAUAUGACACAAUUCAUGCGCGAUGGGGAAAUGUGACUGAGGGGCUGGAAUUCCUGUCAUAA